CGAGAACCUCCCUCAGUUUAUGAUAUCUGUGGUGGAGUGAAGCACUUUUCAAGGGUACAGAAUGGUGGCUCUGGGUUUAGAGAUACUGGGCGUCACCUUGGCGACUCUGGGGUGGAUCAUCGGCCUCAUAUCCUGCGUCUUGCCCAUGUGGAGGGUCACGGCCUUCAUCGGCUCCAACAUUGUGACGGCGCAGAUCAUAUGGGAGGGAAUCUGGAUGAGCUGUGCCGUCCAGAGCACGGGGCAGAUGCAGUGCAAGGUCUACGACUCCAUGCUGGCCCUCAGCUCAGACCUGCAGGCCGCCCGGGCUUUGUGCGUGAUCUCCAUAGUGCUGGGGGUGCUCGGGGUUCUGGUCUCCGUGGUAGGGGCCAAGUGCACUAACUGCAUCGAUGAGGAGGGAACCAAGGCCAAAGUAAUGAUCGCCGCCGGAUCGACGUUCAUUUGCGCCGCCAUCAUGCAGAUAAUCCCGGUGUCCUGGACUGCCCAUGCUAUCAUAGUGAAUUUCUACAGCCCGGUGGUGACGGACGCGCAGAAACGAGAGAUAGGCGCCUCUCUCUACCUGGGAUGGGCGGCCGCAGCUCUGCUGCUCAUAGGGGGAGCGAUUCUGUGCUGCAGCUGCCCCCCACGGGAGGAGAAAAGGUACGCUCCACCAAGCAGGAUGGUCUACUCCACCACCAGAUCUGCAGCUCCCAGCGGCUACGACAGAAGGGACUAUGUCUGAGCCAAUGCUUUGCCAAGAGAGAUCUUUGGUAAGAGUCUAACCUUUUACCUGCUUUCAUCAGACUGAUAACAUCCUGACCCAAAAGAGAACAAAGUCUGUGCACUGGAGCACUGUGUGUUUGGAAGCAGGAGCGCAUACGGGCCGAAUAUUUUGUUUCUGUCAUUGUUGUCGUCCAAAGAUCAUUCAGAAGAGUCAUUCUGUAUAUUUUGUCUCUGGUUGCAUAUUAACUGUACAGCAAGGUGGCUAUCACAAUUGUAAAGUGGCUUAAUUUCUCUUUUUCUUUCAGCUGAUGGGAAAUUAAACGUGGUUAUUGUGUUUGUAUGUCUUAUUCCACAAUGGUAGAACAAUUACGCAUGUUUUUUUUUUUUAAAAAGGCCAAGUAAAACUGUAUAUGUGUCUUUGUAUUAAAAUUCAUGCCUGUUAA